AUGCACUACGAGAUCGCGCGGAGCCAGACGGAUCCGCUCAAGUAUGGCAUAUUCGAACGGUACGCGAGUUUGGACGCGUACGCGUCGACGCACAAGUCGACGGAGGCGUACAGGACGUUUCGCCCGAAGAUGCAGGCGUUGCAAGACAGCGGCGAGCUCGAGGUGAGUGGUUCGUCGUAUUUCGAACUCGGCCACGGGUUCGUGUCGGGCUCGUGA